UGGCCGAAAGCAUUCACCUGGCUCACGAGCCGGUCUUCUUGUUCUGAAGUUUCGUUAAAAGCCUGAAAUCCGUAGAAAAUCGUCCGGAAUUUUGAAGUUUAGAAUUUUAGACUUUGUGAUUCUGUAGUGUUCAAAUGUUUGGAGCUAUCUGCAGUUCAGAACAAGUUCUUAAACAAGGAUAGUUAGGCAGAUGGCAGAACAGACAGUGCUCCACGGCUAAGCCUGUGAGAUUGUUCCUCCUGGUGCGAGUACAUCAACGACGACGACCACGACGACGACGGGCGACAACGUCGUCCUCUUCCAAGAGAGAGGCAGGGCACGCUUAUCAGCAUGGCCUCGAGCUCCAGCCCUUCGGCCGAGAUCCUCAUGUACAAGGGCAAACGCGGCGCAGCCUCUUACAUCCACGCCGAGUGCAGCAAGCCAGGCCUGGACGGCGGCGGCGGUACUCAGCACCUCAACGAGCUGCUGGAUAUCCUGCUGAAUCCCAGUAAGGCUAUCGACGACUGGGAAACCAUCGACUGGUGCAAGUGGUUGAUGGCUGGUGGCCGCACGCCUGAUGAGUUCGCCAGCACAGUACGUAUUUAUGACAAUGCUACUACAUGUGGAUUAGUUUGGACGCCAAAUUUUGUUGCCUAUCGCUGUCGUACAUGCGGCAUAUCACCAUGCAUGUCCCUGUGCACUGAAUGCUUCAAAAAAGGCAAUCACCAUCGCCAUGACUUCAACAUGUUUCUUAGCCAAGCAGGAGGUGCAUGCGACUGUGGCGAUACAUCUGUGAUGAAGGAGACUGGAUUUUGUGAUAAGCACGGGCCAAAGGCUGCUGUAAAUAAAUCAGCUGCACCGUCGGAUCUCAUGUGCGUGGCUGAAGCGAUGAUGCCCAGAAUUAUUCUUCGGCUCAUACAGCAUUUACGCGAAAAUUGUAAAAUGGGUGUGCCAGACUAUAGAGGUGCUAUACAUGAGGCUGACGGAUACUUGAGCAUGCUACUCGACUUGAACAACAUGGGUGCCCUUAUGAGGCACGUUAUGACGUCAGCCCUUACAAAUCCACAGAAGUAUCGUGGUCUCAUGGAUCCAUCUAUCUUAACGGGACAAUCGGAAUACGAUAGUUAUUGCCAAGAUAGCAAUAAAAUAUACCAACAUGCCGUAAAGUCUCUACCAAAUCCAGAACCUCCUGAUGAAUACAAAGAAUGCGUGUCACUUCAAGAACACUUGGAGCAUACCACAUUCCUGGAGGAACUGAUGUUCUGGACUGUCGCCUACGAGUUUCCGCAGAAAUUGGUCUGUCUAUUACUGAACAUGCUGCCGGAUCCCGAUUACAAGGAGGCUUUAACACGCGCGUUUGUCUUACACUACAGUAGAAUCUCAAUGAUGCUUGAACGUUCAACAGAUCCUGAUACGCUGAGCAAUAGAGUAGUACAUGUUAGCGUACAGCUGUUUAGUAAUGAAAGCCUAGCAUUAAGGAUGGUUGAUCAGUUAAAGCUGUUACAUGUAAUGGUUAUCAGUUUGAAAUACAUGAUGAGCAAAAUACUCAUUCAAAAUACUUUGCACGAUCCAGACAAAAACUUUCAUUACGUCGUGGAUUGCGGACGUCAAGUGAUGAAAGAGCAUUGUUAUUGGCCAUUAGUUUCUGAUUUGAACAAUGUACUGUCGCAUAAACCAGUCGCUGUCAGAUUUAUGAGUGAUAAUACUCUUCUAGAAAUGUGGUUUGAUUUCCUGUCUAUGUUUCAAGGUAUGAAUGUGAAUCAACGGGAGUUGAGUCAGCACGUCGAAUUUGAACCUAACACAUACUAUGCAGCGUUCAGUGCUGAAUUAGAAGCUAGUGCAUAUCCAAUGUGGGCAUUAGUUUCGCAUCUUCGUGGUCCUGAGAGUUCUACUCUUAGUCGUAGAGUACUUACAUUUUGUUUAACAGCUUUGCAAGAUUGGUUAGAUGCCGUCAAUUACACACAGCCGAAUGUGAGUGACAGUCUACAAAUAUCGUUUCAUCUGCCGCUUCACCGAUACUUCGCAGUAUUCAUGUGUCAAGCGAUCAGACAACAGGGAGCAUCUCUCCAUGACCUGCUACCACCCAAGGAUAUGCUGCAUCUUCUCAUGAUGCAUCCGUUGCGGGUGCAGGUCGCUUUCUACGAGAUUUUAAACGGGCUAUGGGUUCGUAAUGGCUUACAAAUCAAAGGCCAGGCCAUGACUUACAUCCAGUGCAACUUUUGCAACUCCAUGGUUGACGCGGAUCUGUAUCUGUUGCAAAUUUGCGCUACGAAAUUACCGGCUGAUGUCUUUCUCAAGACCGUCAUCGAAAAAUUCCAUGUGAGAGAAUGGAUGACUCUUUGCCCCUAUCAAGUACCACAGAACGAAUAUCUGGAUGGUGAGCCUAGUACACCCAUGUUAGAGAGCUGUCUAACAUUUUUAGCUACGCUAAUCAACGUGAGAACAAAUCUUGGUUUAUCGGAUGCCGAAAUGUCUUGCCUGGAGAUGGUAACUCUGUUGUGUAUGGGCGAUAAGACGCACAGCCAAUUAAUGGAGUUGAUGCCAGAACGGUGUGGAACCACUCAGAACAGAGACUUCGAAUCUGUCCUUGCUGAUGUGGCGCAAUACAGGGCUCCAAAUCUUGAAGCGAGUGGAAAUAUGCAGCAGGGAAUGUACGGACCGAAACCUCAUGUGUGGGAUGAGUUAUUCGAUCCUUUACAUGUAUUGUUACGAGCGGUGCAUAGAAGAGACUUCCAGAUAUCGAUGGAUCGUUUCACAGAAUACGUAAAGCAAUCGGGUAAACUAAAGAGCGGUGCAACGCCUUGGCCCCCAUUCAGACAUCCUGCUCCAGUAUCGUCGGACUAUGACGAUCCUCGGAUAGUCUUGCGUACUCGAGUCUUUCACACUAUGAUCCUGAUAAUACUCUACAAGGCUGUGCACGGACAGAAUAUGUCAGAACAUGUUAUGGCGUUAGCCAUUUAUCUGUUGGAGAUGGCGGUGAUCACCGCAGAAACACCGGAUAAAUCUAUAAAUCCUUUAUGUCAGUACACCGGUGGCAGCUUUCGCAUAAUAAAAGACAUGGAUCUAGCUGGUUGGUACGAGAACGAUAGCUUGUCCGAGAAUCUGAGAACAGUAAUACCGCGAAUAAAUCUAGUCCAAGAAUCUAAGCCCGAUUGUAGUAGUUCAGACAGUGAAUUCGAGUGGGAGAUUCAGGGGGAGAUGAGCGAAGUAGCAACGUCUCUGAUGCUGAACGACAGCAUUGUAGAGGAUGGCGCGGAGGAAGGUUCAUUGGAACUGUUGGGACUACCAUCCGUGGACUCGGUGAGGCACGACAACGGUUCGUCCAACGCGAACGCUGCGUCUCUACCAGCCUUACCGUCGUCGGCCGCGACGUCCACUACAUCUUUGCCGGCUUUGCCAUCAGUUGCAAGCGCCGUCUCCCUACCAGCUCUACCGUCGACUGCGAUAGCUACGUCUCUACCGGCUCUACCACCAGCUAACACGGAAUAUGGCGUAGCUAUUGUACCUGAAGACGCAAUCGUCGCUAUACCGCCUGGCGAAGACGAACUGCUACCUCUGCAGAGAGCUUUGCCGCCGUCCGUAGAGGAUUCCAUAAUUCUUGCCAUCGAGUCGCCUCGUUCACCAAACCGUACAGUCGGCGGUCAGCCUGCGUUACCACCCGUACCUCAGCGUCCAGCGGUGAUGGCCGGAAAUGAGAUAAUGGCAGCAACACGGUCGGCAUUGUUUCGUCCCAGAACAUCCUCGUACAGAACUAUAGAAAUUAUUCCAUCCACGUCGAGUUCUCAUAAACAUUUCAAGAGGAGAGAACCGCCAAUUGGAUCGGUUAUGCAACCGCAGUCUGUGAAAGUAGGAGAAAGCAUAAUUUCUCUACUGUUGAAGUUACACUCUCAGCUAUCGGGCGUAGCUGAUAGCUACAAUCCCGAAUUGAACGUCACGUCGGACAAUGAAGCGGGCAGCAGCAGUUCGACUGCAUCGUCGCCGUCUUCAUCAUCAUCGACGAGCAGCGAACCGAGAAUCGGCGAUGGACCGUUCUUCAUAGCGCAAUUACUUAGGAAAAUAUCGAGUUUGGAUCCCAUGUGCAAACAAUCGAUCAUCGAAACCAGAAACAAACUAUGGCCCCGCAUGCAGGAAUGCGAGGGGGAUGAGCAGCGUGAAAGGGAACAUCGUGAACGGGAAGAACGACGGCGAAGGGCAAAGGAGAGGCAACAAAAGCUCAUGGCGGAAUUCGCCAACAAGCAAAAGCAAUUCAUGGAAAAAGCGAUGAAGUCCGACGAAGCGGGUGCAUCAGCGAUGGAUUGGGAGCAGGAGGAGAACGCGACUAAAUUAACGAGUAAAAAGGAAUACGAUUGUGUGAUAUGCAAUCAAACUACUCCCAGCAGCGAGGAUAAGCCAAUGGGACUUGUUGUAUUAGUUCAAGCAACUAGCAUUAUUGGCCACGAGCGACAACAGUCGGACAGGCUAGUUCUUCCCACGUCCGACGAGGAUCCGCCUAUACCAAAAGGAGACACCCGCGGUGCCUACUUCGACCGUCGAAUGGAGGAAAUGAGUCGUCAUUUUGACGCAGUAAGUGGAAACUUUGACGCAGUAAGUGGAAAUUUUGACACAUUUUCGUGCCUGCUAUCGGUAAACCUGGGUUGGGAGGGUGGUGUUCACGUGCAAACGUGCGGUCACCACCUGCACUUGGACUGCUUGAAGUCUUAUCUGCAGUCGCUACGUAGUCAACAGAGGCAGCAAAGUUUGGCGGUGGAUCGAGGUGAAUACUUCUGUCCAUUAUGCCGGCAACUGGCUAACUCUGUACUGCCGCUCUCGCCGCAAUUAGGCGAAUGUGCAGCAGUAGUGCGGUCUCGUCAUGCCUCCACAGUCACUAUAUUGUCGGAGCUAAAUAAUUUCCUGAAGGAGGCGCAACGAAAUCCGAUCUCUUCAAAUUUGGCUGUUGCAAUGGGGAAGGCUAUGGAAGAUAUGACGACUUGCACAUAUUUAAAGUAUAAGCAAAAGAACUCUCCUCCUAGUCACCAAAGCUUGUUCCUCUUCGUAAUUUCCGUAGCGCGAACUAACUUCGAGAUCGAACUCGUACAACGUGGCGGUUCGUUAUGCGCUCCGCCGCCCACCACGAUACCUCUGACGCCUAAACGCGAUUGCAUAGUCGCGCUUCUUCAUGUCCUCGCGAUGCACGCCCGAGUGUUGACGACAUGGCCGGUACAUCACACGUGGCAACAGUUGUCUGGCAUGCCGCCAGAACCAGUGCCCUCGCUUGCUUUGACACCACACGAGAAAGAGGUCCCGCUCCUUCUUAAGGAUCCGACUGCUCUUCUUAUACAGUUUAUACUACUGCUGCCGUUGCAUCUAGAUCAAACAUACUUCUCCAGCGUGGUAAAAGUUAUCUAUAACUUGCUGUAUUAUCAAGUGAUACUGCAGAUAAGCUGUAACUUCUCGCAAGCCGAGCGAAACACGAUCCUAAAGAGGAGCCGUUGCGGCUCAGCCACGUCCUCAGAGGCGAUACUAGCCAAGAUUAUUGAAUAUUUUGAUGAAAGUGAGCUUUAUUCCGACGACGACAGCGAGCUUUAUUCCGACGACGACAGCGAAGUCUCCUCCGACGACAAUGCUUGCAAACCAUCCACGUCAUCUGCCUCGUACGCGAGAGUGAAGACACAUUGUGUUGAGCAGCAGAUCCAAUCUCUUUGCCUGCCGUUCCUACGGCUGGCUUCGCUAUUACGUUAUCACUUGUACGAACAACCGUUGCCGCUCAUCAGGACGCCGCAAAGCGAAUUCGUACGAUUGGUAUAUUAUUUGGAGUUGGUAACGGAAGGCAUGGACUGGGACAGUUUCAACUCCACGGUAGCGCUCAACUGGCAGGACAAUGAAGCGAGCGUCUCGGUGCCGCAGUUGUGGUGUGACCAGCUGCUGGCGUUCGUCAAUCGAUUCGUGAAGCUAGCUGAGCCAGCCAGGAGUUUGAUUGUGGAGCAACAUAUAUCGUGGCAGAUGCCGAAACUGCUCAGUUUGCCGAGGGAAUACGAGAAAAUCUUCACUUACUAUCACGAACGACAUUGUGGUAAUUGUAAGUCGAUACCCCAGGAGAUUAGUAUCUGUUUGUUGUGCGGCACUAUUGUCUGUCUCAAGCAGAAUUGCUGCAAACAGGUGAACGUAUAUGAGGCUAUCCAGCAUUCGAUUGAUUGCGGAGGAGGAACCGGCAUAUAUCUCGUGGUGACCUCAACUUAUAUCAUUGUGAUACGAGGUAGACGGGCGUGUUUGUGGGGAUCUUUAUACCUCGAUGACUUCGAAGAGGAGGACAGAGAUCUGAAACGUGGAAAGCCGCUGUACCUUAGUCAAGACAGGUAUCAAUUGUUAGAGCAACAGUGGUUAGCGCACCGAUUUGAUCAUACAAAGAAGACAUGGGUGUGGCAUCGUGAUGCUCUGUGACCCCUCAUAACAUCAUUGCACGCAGAUCGCUCGUAAUAAUUUUCUACAUCAAAACUCGACUCUCGCUCGCUCACCCGCUCGCUCGCUCGCUCGCUCGCUCGCGUCUGUAAAGGUUCCCAACUCCAGUUUUAUCUCUCACGCAAGCAAAAGAAAAAUGCCUCGCCCGCAGUAACACAGCGCUUUUAGAUCAAA